CACCCUAUAUAUUAUAGUUACUCUGCUAUUUCAAUACUAUUUAAUAUAGGUGCAAGUAACUAAUGAAAUAAUGUUAAUAUCCAACGUUACAUUCGCGCGUCGCUGUGUAUUUAAAUAAUUCUCAAAACUAUUUUUUCACGAUUUUAUAAAAUUAGUUACGGAUAAAUUUCAGAAUUAUCACAUUACAGUUGGCCGAAUUAUCUUGUUUUCUCGAAAUGCGGAGAACCUGAGUUUAUAUCUGUCGGUUUGAGAGCAUUCGAACGGGAGAACACGAUGUUUAUGUAUGUAUGUACACGGCUCCGUCAGCUGUGUGCGUGUCCCCACCAGGCGCGCAGGCAGCGGGCAAACAGCACUAUUGGCAAUUGGCACCUCUGCACUGGAGUCGCUGCUUCACCGUCGCGCGUCGCGCUGCGCGAAAAACCCGGCCCGCGGCGUGCACGUGCACUCACGUGCAGUGGGCAACAUGGCUAUAAGCUCGGCAUUUGUCGUUUGUCGCUCGCUCCGUGAUCAGCUGAUCAACGAUCAACCUGACUACAACCGAUACGUCACGAUACGUUUCCUUUCCAUCUGAUAAGUCGCGUUGGUUUUUCUUUGAGGUUAGGCUCCUCUGGUUAGGAGCGUAGGCGCCUUCACCCUUGGUUUUGGGUUAUAUAGCGUAAAGUCGCGUUGGUGAUCACGAAUCACGACAAGUUGCUGUAAUGUGUCUAUUGUAGACAAGCCAGAUAUUUACGUACGUCUACAUACGGAUAUUCAAGAUGGAUGAUUCCUUCUUGGAAGAAUUGGAAUUAAUACCAAAAGAAUCGAAAAAGCCAUUUCAGAAGACAUCUCAGCAACUGGAUUGCCAUGUAACUACUAGGCAUGCUACUUCAUCUCCGUUACUUCAUUUCUCAGAACAAGAUGAGAGAGAUAACGUUAUGCGACAGAAAGAACAUUUUAUGAUAACAGUUCCAACUGCAGAAUCUGAUAUAAAGGUCACAGACGGUAAAGAGUCUUCUUCGAGAAAUUUCAAGAAACAAUCCGAUCAAAAUGCGAAAAGACAUUCCGCGAAUGUGAAAGCGUCAGAGAGAACUGAGAAGAUUGCGGACAGUAAAGGAAAGCCUGUAGAAAUGACAAUAAAAAUGAAAAAUAAUGAUCAGCAGCGUGUUAGCGGAGAAAACAAAAUAAAACUUCACGAGAUAAAGUAUCCUAAGACAUCUGAAAAUAAAGAUCGUAAACGACGUUCAGGAUCGCAUAAAGAAACCACUAAUUCUACAACUAGAGAGAAUAAACGUUUCCUUGAUUCUUCUAAUAACAAUUCCUCAGAUACUUCCAGUAAAGAAAAUAGUCGUCCCUCAGAUGCUUCCAAAGAGGCUGGUUCUCACAAUCCGACGAAAGAGAAGGAAAAGUUGACCGAUAAAUCGAGAAAAUCAGGGUUUAAAAUACAAGAUCAAGAUCCAGUUGUUUUACUUACUGCUAUUAAGGAAUUGAUAAGCACGUAUACCAAGCAGGAAAGCACAAAGAUUUUACGCGCUAUGCAGGAGCUACAUAUAAACUCCCAAGCUACAUUGAUAAAAAAUCUCUUGAACCAAACAGAUGAUCUGGUUAAAGAAAUGCAUCCCAGCAAGGAGUCGGCUAGAAUGAGAGCCCUGAUUGAGGAGAAUGAGCAGUUACAGCAGGAGUUGAUGGCUUUACGAAUGCGAAACGAAAACCUGCAGAAUAAAUUAGAAGAGCUUGAAUUUUUGAAACAGGAAAAUGCGAUCUUGAAAUUGAAAUGCAACGAGCUAACUCAGACAUAAUAUCGAACAAUUGCGUUGAAUAUUGGACCAUGAAAUAUAUCGAACAUUUGCUUUAAAUAUUGGACCACGAAGUAUUUUAAAAUUUUAUUUUUGCACAAAGUGCUAUUUAGGACGUUAUUAUAUAUAUUCCUUACGCGAAAACUGCCAAUAGAGAUUACACUUACUAAACUAUUAAUAGUCGUAUUUAUUUUUAUCUAAUCCCAUAAUAAUAUGAUAAUAAAAUAAAGAUGAUUUAAUCAUUAUUAUAUAUA